AUGCUUAUCGUUCACCCACACCCACACCUGCCCCUUCAAAGACGCCCACACUCCCACUCCUAUCCACUUCUGCCUCUUCUAUAUCUUUGCUCACGUCCGUUUCUGCACCCAUACCCCUCCCUCUCCCCCCCACACACAUACCCUCAUCCACAGCCACACCUGCCUACCGCCCACAUCUUCAUCCACACCCACACUUGUUUUCACUUAAAUUUUCACCCAUACAUAUACCCCCCCCCCCCAUCCACGCCCACACCUGCAUCCGCUCAAAUCUCUAUUCACGCCUACUUCUGCACCCACACGCAUACCUGCUCUUCACCAAACCUCCUCAUCUCCCCCCCCCCCACACACCACCACCGCACCCACAUCAGCAACCUUUCGCCACCAACACCCACAGCACCACCCACACUCACAGCUCACCCACACCAACAGCUCCACCUAUAUCUCCGCCCACACUUAAAUCUCCACCCACUCCUACAGAUCCACCCAUACCUACAGCUCCAACUAAAUCUCCGCCCACACCCACAGCUCCGCCCACACCCGCAGCUCCACCCACAUCCGCACUCCACCCACACCCACAGCUCCACCCACAACCACAGCUCCACCCACAUCCGCAGCUCCACCCACAUCCGCACUCCACCCACACCCACAGCUCCACCCACAACCACAGCUCCACCCACACCCGCAGCUCCACCCACACCCGCAGCUCCACCCACACCCGCAGCUCCACCCACACCCGCACUCCACCCACAGGAGCAUCGGAGCAUAACUAACAGGCCUCCCCGCGGAAGCACAAGAGCGCGCAGGAAGAACUGGUAG